UCAGGUAGUGGUCCCACGCUAUAAAAUGCUGUGGAUCAGAGAGGAGAGCAGGACAGGAGCACCACCGAGGUGACUGAAUCAGAAGACAAAUCAAACUUUGUACCUAUAGAAACCUCACCAAGCUUCGCUUCUCAGAUGGCCAAAAUGCUGAGAUCGUGGGUGAUGUUCGCGGCUCUGGUCGUCUGCCUGUUGGUGUGUUGGAGCGGUUUCGCGGACGCGUACCCCCCCAAACCGGAGAGCCCCGGCAGCAACGCCUCACCGGAGGAGUGGGCCAAGUACCACGCGGCUGUCAGGCAUUAUGUCAACCUCAUCACCAGGCAGAGGUACGGAAAGAGAUCCUCCCCUGAGGAAGCGGUGGCUUGGCUGCUGUUUGGCGCAAAUUCCAACCAAGAUGGGGAACCACGCUCUGACUAUGCUGACACAUGGUAGAUGAGCCCCGUAUGACCCUAACCAGCCACCCAGUUCCCCAACCCACCAAUCAAAACAUUUCUGAAGGGAGCACCUGCACAGGCCACCGGACACAGUCUCAAUGUUUAAUCGUCUAAUGUGCAUGCAAAUCAGCGUCUCUUUUUUUCUUCAGUCUUUUUGCUUCAGUCAGUAAACUGCACUUAUUUGUUCUUUCUCUGAAAUUGUAAAUAAUUUGUAUCUAAAAGAGUCUCUACACAAUAAAGAUCUAAGUGUAAUAAAAGAAAUGUUUGACAUACUG